AGAAUGAGGUCAAGAAGAAGCUUUAGCUCAAAAGAUAAACUUUAUGGCCUAUCACUGCAUUAUCUUACACAAACUAAACUGAGUGAGAGAAUAUAGCUUUUUUUUUUAAAGGAAGAAGGAAAUGUGGUUCACACUCCAUAGCAGUUGGUGGCGCUAACGGACCGCUCGUUGUGCACCAACUGUCAAUAAACUCAAGAAGAAGAACUCUCGCGCUAUCCCAGUCGUGUCCUUGAUGCAGAAAUGGGCUACUGGGAUCUGGAAGAGGGCAAGGACUGCGUUGCCAAAACAUGGAUCACCACAAAAAUAGCCACUGCCAUCGGGCUGGUAGGUUCUGCCUACCACAUUGUAGCAUUUCCACCGGAAACAGCUGUUGAGGCUUUGGCCAGAGCAACAUCAGGCACUGUCACCAUGGCCGCCAUGGGUGCCAUCUUUGGAAUGGCCACUUGUCUGAGCGCACAGGCCAGAGAAGCACCUGACGACCCAACCAACUAUUUCAUCGGUGGAUGUGCUUCGGGUAUUUUCCUCGGAGCACGAACACACAGUGCUAUCACCGGUACCACAGCGUGUUUUGGUCUGGGAACUUUGGCUAUGUUCACCAAGAUUGGAAAAAAGGAAGGCUGGAGACUAACAGGACCCCCAAAACUGUGACCUGACAUGUCCCCUAGUGCUUGAUGUGUUUAUAUUGUAUAUUGCUCAAAUAAAUGUAUUAUGAUUAAAAA